AUGGACUUUGAGAACCCCCCUCACGGGGGUUCGCCCGAAUCCAAAGACGGUGGCACCGCGCCAGAAAAGCCCCGUGUUCUUCCUGAUGACCUCCCAAAGUCGCUGGACGACCGACGCACUGUGCCCGAGUACGCGGGGGAGACAGAGAUGUACGAUGGCUGGCAAGGCCAAUCUCAAUAUUUAACAGCGCCGAUGGCUACGAAGCCUUUGACGUUCAAUCUUGCCCUCGAUGACAACUCCCACGAUGAAGAGCAUGAACUACAGGCACGAUAUUCUCGGGGAUACUACGGCGAUGAUGAGUCCACUACGGCGCGCCUGGAGGACAGCGAUGCCCGCUUGAUGGAGAUGCUGGCCGCACAGGCGGCGCACCGAGAGAUGGAUUCCUUGGGCACGGAUGAGGAUGAUAUUGCCACGGACCCCAAACUGCCCGAUGCGGAGAAGAGGAAUAUCUUACAGAAGAGUCUGAACAUGGCUGCCAGCAACGGCGAUGUGGAGCGCGUGCGCAAAUUGGUCAAUGGGAAAGCGCGCGAUUAUGUGGAUGUGAAUCAGCCCGAUGAAGAAGGAACGGUUCCAUUGAUAUACGCCAGCUGUUUUGGCCAUCAAGAAGUCGUAUCGGCGCUCCUCGACGCGGGCGCGUAUGUCGAUGCGCAGGAUCGCAACCAGUGGAGCGCAUUGAUGUGGGCCAUGACCAACCGACACAAGACGAUUGCGAAGAUUCUCCUGGAUCAUGGCGCCGACCCGGACAUCAAAUCGUCAUCUGGAGGGACGGCAUUCGAUUUCCUCCAACCGGGAACAGACAUCUCCCAAUAUCUGCAGGAGAAUGGCUAUCACUUCGGUUCAAGUACCCUCGAGAAUGAUUUCUACGAUUCCGGCUUCGGGCAAGACCGCUUCGAAGAAGAGAUGGCCGAAAAUGAAAUGAAACGGCGCAUGAUGAUGGAGGAGAGUGCCAUCAAUCUGGAGGUUGAUCUGUCGAGUCUGGGACUUGACGAGAAGUUCGACUCGAUGGAUGAAUUUGAAGACGAUCAGCAGGAAUUCGUCUGGGACAAGUGCCUGAACGAUCAAAUGUUCGUCUUCCAGGAGAGUGAACUGGAUAAGAUCCUGGACAUUAUCAUCACCAAUAUGACGCCGCAGCGCUCGCCGUCUCAGAAGCCGGUGCCGGCCAAUCUUAUCUUCCUCAGCGCGCGGUACGCGCAUUACCAUGCCAGUCCUGAGCUGCUAGAGAAACUUCUCAUGACGGCAAUGGAUAAGAUCAACGACGUGGUGGAGCGCCACCAGUGGGACAUGACAAUUCUCGCUUUUUGGAUUUCCAAUGCGACGUUGCUCCUCCAUUACCUAAAAAAAGACGGGGGACUGAUGGAAUCCACCGUGGAAUUCCAACUACACCUGGCAGAGUUGAUCAACGAGAUUUAUAUUCUAAUUAUCCGGGACGCUGAACGACGGAUGAACAAGGUGUUGGACGCGGCCAUGCUGGAUCAUGAGACGAUCCCUGGACUUGAGGACGUUCACUUCCAGAACGAGUGGAAGAUCUUCCGCUCCAAGUCCAAGGCAAAGCCCGAGCCACCAGAGAAACGCUUCCGUCCGCCGUCCCCAAAGCGAAGGGCGCAAAUCUCCCCUCGCAACAUCACCUCUUUACUUUCCUCCACCCUCUUUGUCCUCGAUCUCUACGAUGUUCACUCUGUCAUCACGACGCAGAUCAUCUCGCAACUGCUGUAUUGGCUUGGUGCCGAGCUCUUCAACCGCAUCAUGUUGACCAAGAAAUACCUAGCGCGAACAAAGGCCAUGCAGAUUCGGAUGAAUAUAUCAGUGAUAGAAGACUGGGCCCGGGCGAAUAACCGGCAUCCGGAGCACUACGAGAACGGGUCCAUGACGACGACGGGAGAGUCGACGGUCGAAUCGGCGCGAAAACAUCUGGCGCCAGUCAUCCAGCUGCUGCAGUGGCUGCAAUGUUUCUCGUCUCUUGGGGACGAUACGGAAGCGCUGGUGACGACGCUGCUGCAACUGCAACAGCUGACCCCUACGCAGCUGCUCCAGGCCGUGAAAUCGUACCGGGCCGAGGUUGGUGAAAAGGGGCUCACGAAAAACGCGAUGAAGUUCCUUAUCAACCUGCAACACGACCCGGAUCUGUUAUAUCGGGAGAAGCAACGGAUAGAGCGUGAAAAGGCGGCGUCGGCGGCGUCGGAGCAGGGCGAUGCUCCUCCAGCUACGCCUCAGACGGAGCAGCCUCCACCGCCUCCGGAGAAGGACGAUCGAUCGGCUGUGCAAGAGCCGACUACGCCGUCGGCCCAUCACCCUACGUCGCCGCCAUCAAUAACGUCGCCGCAGCCGGCCACUUCGGGACCGGAAAGCUACCUGCUCGAUCCGUCGCUGACACUUCCAUUUUCGUUGCCGACCAGUACGGACAUGCUGGUGAGCUACGGUGCCGGGUUUGGAGGGACGAACCGGGAGCGGGCGCGCAAGUACAUUCCUACGGUGCCGCCAGAAGUGCUCAGUCGGUUUGAUCGGGUGUGA